CUUCAAAACUGUAGCCUAGUUCAGUACUUUCAGAAUCUACUCGCGAGUGUUGGGAUCUAACGCUAAGCUAUAGAGAAGCGAGGAAGAGGCGCAGCAGACAAACAGCAGAGGGCAGAGAAACACCAGCGCAACGUCUUCUCGGAAGGACACGGAGACGAGGACGCUGCAGAAGAAGAAGAAGCGGAGGAGUUGGAAGAGGAGGAAGAGGACUGGUUUCAGGCUUUGGACUGGACUCCUGCGGGCUUCAGAAGCAGCGUGUCGCGGUGUGUCCUGCGGUCCGUGAGCCGCUGUGUGAUGAAGACCCGGAGGCUCUGACCCGGACCAGCCUGGCUUCUCUCACAGUGAUGGAUGCAGAGAGCGGGGAGCUGUUUCUCGGCGGUGAUGGCGUGGUGGCGGCCGACAGCUGGCAGCUCGACCAGCUCGUCUUUAGCAGUUCAGAGAAACCCCUGCAGGAUUGGGUGGUGGAGCCCGACUGCACGCUGAACGACAGCGAGUCAGAGGACGUCCUCCACGGUGUCGACCCAAACGAGGUGUUUCCCAGCGCGCCGCCGGCAGACCCCUCAUCAGAGAGUGACAGCGGCAUCUCUGAGGAUCCUGUCGUUGAGAGUCCUGUCACCAUGGUGACCGCAGCGACCACUCAGCCGACCCCGGCCACUGUCUACCGGGUGGUUUAUGACAUCAGCGGGCUGGGAGGUAUGAACACGGAUCCUGGACAAGAAAACGUCAUUUCCAUUGAGCUUGAUGAGUGGAGCUCUCAGGUGCUGUUUUCAGACUCGUGCAUCGUUAAUGAGCUGCCACUGGUUUCUGCAGCUCGCCUCGAUGGCGGUGUGGACGCCAUCGAUCCUCCCAGCCCUGAUGCUGAUCUGCUGUACCCAGAGCUCCAUCUGACUGAGGAGGAACAGAAGCUGCUGACUCAGGAAGGAAUCUCUCUGCCCAGCAACCUUCCUCUCACCAAGGCUGAGGAAAGAAUCCUGAAGAAGGUUCGGAGGAAAAUUCGCAACAAGCAGUCUGCUCAGGACAGCCGCCGCAGGAGGAAGGAGUACGUUGACGGACUGGAGAGCAGGGCAGCAGCCUGCUCCGUGCAGAACAAGGAGCUGCAAAGGACGGUGGAGCGGCUAGAGAAACAUAAUAUGUCUCUGCUGGCUCAGCUCCGACAGCUCCAGUCCCUGAUCAAACAGACGGCCAGUAAAGGAGCACAGACCAGCACCUGCUUACUGAUUAUUCUGAUCUCUCUGGGUCUGAUCAUCUUGCCGAGCUUCAGUCCGUUCAACCGCCACUUGUCUACAGACGACGACUACAGACCCAGAGGAGUUAUUUCCAGAAACAUCCUGACAGACCCCUCGUCCUCACAGCCAACAGCGGACGAGGUCGAGAGUCCGGCUGUCCAGUCUGGCUCCUCGCCGCUGUCCUCUGAUCUUGGCCAAUCAGGACCUCCAGAGGGCGCCACUGUGCCCCAAGAACCAAUAGAAAACCCUGAAAAUACAGCCUUUGACAGUAUAGCCCAAGGGGGGACCCAGUCAGGGAACAGCUCAGCUCUUGUCGCCGGACAGACUGACCCACUGGCCCUUGGUGUAAGGUCGAAGGCAGGAAAAGGAAGUCAUGAGCCGGCCAAAUCUGCACAUGCUGAUGAGAUGUAGACAGGCGGGUUUCACUGAUGCUUUCUGCCACAGUAACUGGACUUCGGCUUCGGUGUCUUACACAAAGAUACUGUAUGAAGACACAUGAGAGGAUCCUAACGGAGAGGCCACAUUCCUACUCAGCCCUUCACCACAAUAAAACCUUUAUUUAACCUUACACUACAUUUAGUUUUGUUUCAAAAAAUUGUUUGCCAUCUCAGAAAAAUGCUGAGAGUUUGUAUGGCAAAUAUGAAGCGUAGUGACAGCAGAGUUGUCUCUGAGUCUAACUGAAGGUAAACGCAGACGUUAGCAGCUGUGGCUGAGGCAUGUGGACCUACUUUUGCAGCAACUUUUGGGCUAAACUGAACCAUCUCAGAGCUUGUAUCUGUACAACAAAGCUUGCAUAUCAACGGGACAAACAUGACAUCAUGACAGGCUAAUCAGAACUUCUGCCUUUAACUUUGAGCUGGAGCCUGAAUAUUUUGUGUUUAUCGCUGUUGGGAGAAAGACAUGUACAGACAUCUCUCUUUUUUUCUUUCAUCAGAAAUGUAAUAUCUGGAUUAAAUGUUGGAACCUUGUGUGAGGAGGGCAACACAGAGUGAACAAAGACUAGUUAGCUUUUAAUACUCCUGUAACAUCUCAAGUUUCAGGCACACCUCCCUAAGUUGAAAUGCCCCACUAAGUAACAUGAUGUAAGCUCCUCUUAGGUUUCUGUGAGACCAGCCUUGUUUACAUCUUCCCACCAUGUAGGUGAUGCUACACACAGUGUCUGACUAAGCCUGUCACCCGCUGUUAUUCUAUACGUCUUCUGUCUAACAGCUAACAAGACGUUAUUCAAACAGCAUCUCAUCCCAAGGGGAGACAUGAGGCUGUGCGGGACUGUUCUGUUGAACUUUCCCCCAUUCCACUCCUCACUGAGAUCCAGUAGACAUACAGCACAUGCACAAUGUGAAAAGGGGACAUGCGGACUAUGAAAGAUAUAAAAAUGAUGCUAAAUGCUCAGGGAAUAUUAGAAAAAUGUCCCAACAAUCACACAUGAAGCUGAGUUUGCCUCCACAUGGACUCAGGCAGAGCAGCAGGGUCUCUGUCCCACCACCACAGAGGAAGAACACCACAGGUUCCCCGUAUGGAGGUGACCUGACUAGAUUUUGGUGUGCCAUGCUGCAUUAACUUAAAUAUUAAGGAAUUAAAGUAACUUGUCUUGAUGACAAAUUACUAGUAGUGUGAGCUUGUGCUCUUUUCUCCUAGUGGGACAUAAAGCAGUCGAAGUGCUUCUUCUUUAAGGGUUAUUUGGAGCUUUGUAGAUCCACAGUGUAAGCUGGAGUGUUGGUCUUAAAAAACUGAAUUGCACUUUCCCAAGACCAGUGGUUCCCAAAGCUUUCUAUGUCCAGUUAAAAUGUUUGUGAAGAAGCCUUUGGAUGAGUCUGUCAUCAUGAACCUCCUGGAUAUGGAUAAUCACCUUUAUUGGCCAAGUAUGUUACACAAGGAAUUUGUUUCCGGUAUAGAACCGACAGCAGCCA